UACAAUGCCAAGGCUACGCAAAGUCACUGCAGGUAAAUAGAAAGACUGCAGUCACACAUAGAGAGAGCGCUCCCAAAGCACUGCCGAAUGGCAGAGUAAAAGCGACUCUUCAUCGCUAACUCCCGCCUGCGUGCAUUCGACGUAACUUUUCAAAAGCAACUCCCCUUCGGAUGUGUAGGUUGUGUCCUUUGUCCACAGUUCGGGCUAGUAGCUGGGUUUAUUUUACGCCUGCUACGUUAGUAGCUGGGAACCAAACGAGAUGGGGGCGAAGUAGGUGGCUCGCUAGCUAGAUAAGAGGUUGGACUGUCUGUACUGCAGUGGCUGUGGGUAGCCUUGGUUGUGGUAUGCAGACUAAGUAGCUAGCUAGCAAGGAUACGAUUGAAGAAGGAAAACACAGAGUUAAGUGUAACGGCAUUCUCGCCUGCUGUGAAGUGAAUGUUUGAAUUUGCAGUGUGUUUUAUACACGACUGCUACCAGGUUGCUAGCUAGAAGCGACAUUGAACAGAGAGGGAAGGAGAAACUUUCCAGCCUGACGCAGAACCGCAAACAUGCAGUUGACAGAGCUCCUUGCUUCAGGAACCUUCCUGGUCCUGCUCCUUGUCCGGUGGUCCGACAGCCUUUCCUUGUCCCCGGAAGAAGCUAACCAGUUCUUGAGGAGACACAGGAGAGCGAAUCACGUUUUUGAGGAGACGAAACAAGGGCACCUGGAGCGAGAGUGUGUGGAAGAGAAGUGUAGCAAAGAGGAGGCGAGAGAAGUAUUCGAGAACGACCCUGAAACAGACUACUUCUUUCCAAAGUACUUAGCGUGCAUGGAGAAGUUCGGAGACACGGACAAGAAGAAACAAGACCUGAUCACCUGUGUUCACAAUAUUCCAGACCAGUGCUCUCCGUCUCCCUGUAAUCCUCGAGGUACGGUGCGCUGUGAGGACAAAAAGGGUGACUUCCUCUGCCACUGCUUCACUGGCUGGACAGGAGUCCGUUGUGAGAAAGAUGUCAACGAGUGCAACAAGAGGAAUGGAGGAUGUGACCACGAGUGUAACAACACUAUGGGUAGCUACCAUUGCUCCUGUCGCCGCGGUUACAUGCUGGUCGAACGCAAGUUGUGUAACGAUGUGGAUGAGUGCCAGGAUCCAGGGAUGUGUGGGACAGCGAGGUGUGUGAACCAGGAUGGAGACUAUGACUGUCUGUGUGAGACGGGAUACAUUUACGACAACAACACCAAGACCUGCCUAGAUGUGGAUGAGUGUGAGCAGGGAGUGUGUGAGGAGUGUGUUAACACGCCCGGUAGUUUCCGGUGUUUCUGUGACGGUCGGCAGGGCAAGAAGUUGAGCCACGACCUCAGGAGCUGUCAGGAGAUCACUACAUGUGUCUCUCUCACCAUGAAGAGGAACUCCCGUUCUCUCUACCUGGGCCGGAUGUUCAGCGGAGUCCCAGUGGUCAGGCUACGCUUCCGCAGGAGAGUCCAGACUGGGUUCUCAGCUGAGUUUGACCUCCGUACCUUUGACCCGGAGGGGGUCAUCUUCUUCGCUGGUGGUCACCUGAACAGUUCCUGGAUUGUUCUGGCAAUGCAUCAUGGGAAACUGGAGCUGCAGCUGAGGUACGGGGCGGUCAGCCGGGUCACCAGCAGCGGGCCCGUCGUCAACGAUGGACAGUGGAGAAAGAUCUCAGUGGAGGAGCAGGGGCGGAGUCUGGUGAUAAAGAUUGACAGGGAGGCGGUGAUGAAGAUAGCUGUGAACGGAGAUCUGUUCACCCUGAAGAAAGGCAUGCAUGAACUCAACCUGACUGUAGGGGGCGUCCCUUUCAAAGAGGACAGUCUCAUCAACCAGGUGAACCCGAGGUUUGACGGCUGUAUGCGUGAGUGGCGCUGGUUAACAGGAGAGGAUACGUCCAUUCAGGAGACCAUCAGGUCUAAUGACAACAUGCAGUGUUUCAGUACAGAAAACCCCGGAACCUAUUACCCUGGGACAGGCUUCGCUCUGUUCAACAUCACAUACGCAGAGUCCCAGUCUCUGAGUAUCCAGCUGACUCUGAGACCAGCCUCCACUGUUGGGGUUCUAUUGGCACUCGUUUAUCAGGACAGCGUCCCUCUCUCCAUCUCUCUGUCCGACUACCACAGAGACAACCAGGAAUGGCGGGAGUAUGUCCUGGUCUCUGUGGGUGAUGUGAUCGUGGCCAGCGCCCCGGCCUUCCUGUGUGAUGCAGAGGUUCAUGAGGUCAACGUGACGGUCAGUGGGAACCUGACCAUACUAGAGGUGGACGGUCAGCCUGGACAGAGUCACACCACACCUGGACAGGAGACGGUUGACCUCAGCCUGCCUUCAACCACCUUUAUAGGAGGGCUCCCCGACGUGCCCCUGGUGUCGACCCUGGUGUCAUCUUUCUACCGCGGCUGCAUGGAGGUGACGAUCAACGGCCUGGCUCUGGACCUGGACGAGGCCUUCCACAAACACAACGACAUCCGCUCCCACUCCUGCCCUCUGCUGGGGGGGGCCUUGUGACCGCUGCAGUCCCCUUCAGCCCCGUCCUCACUGGAGUUGGGGGAAGUUGCCCCUAGACACUGAUCUUGGGUCAGUUUGAUAUUUUCCCCCACAAAUGGUUAGGUUUAGGGGGAGUGGAAGCUGAUCCUAGAUCUGUAGCAAGGGGAAACUUCACCCCGUCCACUACAGUCCACCAUAACCCACAGGGCCUUAACCUAAGCAAGGAAUGAGUCCCAAAUAGCACUCUAUUCCCUAUAUGACCCCUAUGGGUUCUGGUCAAAACUAUUGGUGCACUAUUUAGGGAAUAGGGUGCCAUUUGGGAUGUACCCAGGAGCUGGCCGAGUGGCCAACCCUUCUCCUGGCCAACCCUUCUCCUGGACUACCCUCAGUCAUUCUGCUCUCAGCGUGAUCGAAUGUAGGAGCAGCACUCUCACAUCUGAGGUUGCUGGUUGCAGGUGCGUAGGAAAAUUCAGUGAUAUCUUGAAAACAAAAAUCCAAUAUCUCACGCUGCUCUUGCCAGUAUCUUUUAGUGUAAUAAGCUUAUGUAUCGGGCUCAUGGCCUUCGUCAGAGCUAACGGUGAUCAAACUGGAUCCAGAAGUGGAAUAGCUGGCAGUACUCCAGAAGAGGUUUGGUAAACUGACCCAGUCCCUUGUGGAAUAAAACCUAUAAGGUGUGUGUGUGGGGGUGUAUUCAGUAGCACAAGGCUUUGUUAUUGUAAAACUUGCACACCAUCGCAGGUAAAAAUGGACUGAGUUUAAUAAAAACAUCUGUUUGGUGCUUUCCAACUUAAUGCAAACUUAGUCUACCUGCAAUUUAGCUCUGCACACUGCCUACAGAUUACAGCAUAGGGCUAGGCCUUCUCUUAAUAUGACCCCAUUAAAAAACCUUCCUUACCCUCCAAACCAUGCUUCUAGUCCUCUACAGUUACAUCCACCCACCCUCAGCCAAUGAAACACUCCAUACUGUCCCCCUUUCACAUGCCCCUCCCUCCUUCCCUCAGUAUCACCAAUCAGCACACGCCAGGAAAACACUAAGCCAAUCAGAUUAGGCUAAUUAACAUGCAGUAACCAAUCAGACACACAGGGGAUGGCAUCGAGCACUGCUUCACCACACUGAGCUACUGAGAGAAUAGGAGUGUAAGCGCUGUAAUAUACUGUAUGUGUAAAUAAUGUGACUAAAUGCUUUUUAGAAAAAAUACAAAAGGAAAAAAAAAAAAACGACCUCAACGCAUCGAGAUAAUCAUCCAAAACAGUUUCACUUCUCUAAAGAAUGUCAGAAAAACAAAGAACAUCUUUCAUUAGGCCAAAAAGGGCUGCAGUAUUUCCUCCUCUGGGAUCUAGAGUUUCUGCUGAAUUUCACAAUGGAGCGGUCGAUGGAGGUUUUCUCUUCUGUGUUGUGUGUUAUUAUACUAUAGGUUUGUUUGGCUGGUGAUUUGUUCACCUGUCUUUUAGUCUUUACAUCCCUGAUCACAUCAAUUCAGUCUGUUUGAAAACUUAAUAAAGAUGAUGGCAUGGAGUUUUAAAA